AUGAAUACAUCUACUAAUUCCGGAGGCCAACAACAAACAUUAGAUAAUACAACCGCAACAACUUCAAAUCCUCUUCCAUUAACAUCUGAUCCUAAUGAUAAUAAUAAUUCUGAACGCCUUAAACAACAAACUCAACGUUUAACACAUCAUUUAAAUGGUUUAACAUCAACAACAACAGCAAAUACAGAUACAUCAAGUAGUAAUGGACAUGAAGCGACAUCAGCGAAUGGAAAUAAUGAUCAUACAUAUGAUCGUUUAAUAUCAUCAUCAACACAAACAAUUAUAACUGGUUCAUCUUAUCCAUCAAAUAAUGGAAAUAUAAAUUCUUCGAGAAUAUUUUCUAAUAGUCAAAAAGAAGUUUUAAGACUUAUUGGACAACAUUUACAAAGUGCUGGAUUAAAUAAAACAGUUGAUAUUCUUAUUGAUGAAAGUGGUUGUGUACUUGAACAUGAACAAGCAUCAAAUUUUCGUGAACUUAUUAUGUCUGGAAAAUGGACAGAAGCUCUUGUCGCACUUGAAAAACUAAAACAAUAUAUUGAAGAACGUGAUGGCAUUCAACAAAUGAAAUAUUUGAUACUCGAACAAAAAUAUUUCGAAUUAAUUGAAGAUAAUCGUGCUAUGGAUGCACUUCAAUGUUUACGAUAUGAAAUUCAAGGAUUAAAAAUUCGUACUGAACGUACACAUGAACUUACAACAUUUCUUAUGUUUAAUUCACUGAAAGAUAUGUACAAAGCAGCUAAUUGGAGUGGUAAAGGUUUUGUAUCAAGACAAAAUCUUAUGGAAAAAUUACAAAAAUAUCUUCCACCUGAUGUUAUGUUACCACCGAAACGACUCGAAUCCCUUUUAUCUCAAGCUGUUGAAUUACAACAAGAACGAUGUACAUACCAUGUUAAACCAGGCACAUUAACACUUGAUGAUGUUUCAUUACUUAAAGAUCAUGCAUGUUCCAAACAAACAUUUCCUUGUGUUACAAUACAAACUUUAACCGAACAUUCAGAUGAAGUAUGGUUUUGUAAAUUUUCCCCAGAUGGAACUAAACUUGCUACUGGUUCAAAAGAUGGUUAUUUACAUAUAUAUGAUGUAGACAUGACUUAUAAAAUGAAAUUAAGAAAACAAUUUGAAGGACAUUCAUUCGGAAUAGGUUGUAUUGCUUGGUGUCCAUUUAGUCGAUAUGUUAUUGCAUGUGGAACAGAUGAAUGUAAUGAAUUAUGGAUUUGGGAUGUUGAACAAGAAGAACAACGUUCACGUAUGACUCAUACACCUGAAGAUAGUUUAACUUGUGCUGCUUGGUUACCAUGUGGACAAAGAUUUGUAUGUGGUGGAUCACGUGGGCAAUUCUAUUACUGUGAUAUUGAUGGUAAUGUUAUUGACAGUUGGGAAGGUGUUCGUUUACAAUGUUUACAUGUUACAAGUGAUGGUGUUAUUUUAGCAGCUGAUGCACAAAAACGUAUUAGUUCAUAUAAAUUUGAUAGUUUAACUGAUCAACAAAUAAUUCAUGAAGAUCAUCCAAUUAUGUCAUUUACAGUUAGCAAAGAUGGUCGAUUAGCUCUUCUUAAUAUUGCUACACAAGGUGUUCACUUAUGGGAUCUACAUGAUAAACAAUUAGUUCGUAAAUAUCAAGGUGUAACACAAGGUCAUUAUGUAAAUCAUGCAACAUUCGGUGGACCAAAUGAAGAAUUUAUUGCAAGUGGUAGUGAAGACUCGAAAGUUUAUUUAUGGCAUCGACGACAAGAACGUCCCAUAAUGGUAUUUUCAGGUCAUUCACGUACUGUUAAUUGUGUUUCAUGGCAUCCAACAUCACCAUUAGUUUUUGCAUCAGCAUCUGAUGAUGCAACUGUUCGAAUUUGGUCUACACCUGAACAUCAAACGAAAACAGGUUUGUUUCGAAUUUUUAUUUUUUCUGUAAAUAAUUUUAUUUUUUUAUUUUCGUAUCUUCUAGAAUUAUUGUCAAGCAAUGAAUCGUCAUCUUGAUAAGAUUAUUUUAUUUAUCUAAAACGCUCAUAUUUUGUUGAUAUAUGCACUUAACAUAGACUUUUCUUAUUCUUAGUUCUUUUUUUGUCUAUACACGUUACAUCUGUUCGUUUAUUCGUCGUUGUUGUUGUUUACGUAUCCACAUGCAUUUUCUUUUUAUCGCAUCGUAUAGGAAAACCAAAAGCAACCAUUGAAAAUCUUUUCUUUUACUCUCUUAAUGUUUACAUACGUGAAAAAAAAACACUUGAAAAUAGAACUGUUCUCAUUUAUCUUUACUCCUGAAUCUAAACGGAAAAAAUGGAAAAACAAGUUUUGAAAUAUUCGUCUUGUUUCGUUUUGGAUAUGCCAUAUUGUUCGAUUUCUUUUUUGCUUCUGAUUUGAUUAACGUCUUUUGUGUACACAUAAACAUUUCUUGUUUUUUUUUCUUUUUUCUCUUUUUUAAAUCCUGUAUUCGUGCUGUGCUGUCUCUUUGAAUACGUAUGCAUAAAGACCAGAAGAACUUGCUAUUGUUCUUUUUUCAUUGCUGAGCUAUUCCAUUAGGCUUAUUCUACAAAAAAAAAAAAAAAGAAAAAUAUAAGUAUCUUUAAACCAAUCGACAUGCAAUUCUAGUUGUAUUUAUUACUAGUAAGAAAAAAUAACGGAUGUUACAAAAGUUCUGCCCAUUUUCAGUAUAACGUUAGUACUCGGAAAGACAUGGACACCAAAAUAUUCAAAUUAAAAAUCACGGAUUCCAUAGGAAAUAGUUUUAUUAAAAACUUGAUUUACUCUUCAUAACGUCCAAUGAAGUUUUUUCUUCGCAUCGAACGAGCCUAAACUUUUGUCGAGUCAUCCAGCCAGAACUAUAUUUUCACUUUUUAAGAGAGAUUUUCUACGUAAGAAAACAUAAAAAACUAAUUGUAAUCGAUUUUAUUCUAAUGUUUCGUCGAAAUGUCUUACAUGGGUUUUGCAUCUCGAAGCUGGUAACU